AUGAGACCGGGCCGUUUUGCAGUCGGUGCCCUUUUCUAUUAAACAAGGAAAUCCCCGCAAUUACAGGGGACCACAGGAGCCAGAAAACCAGGGGGGACAUUUGGACAGCUUCGCCCCGGAAACAGCACUCACACAGCGGGCUUUCUGCAGGAGGAUCGGUCGGUGCAUGUGUGUGUGAGUGUGUGUAUGUGUGUGUGUGUGUGUGUGUGUGUGUGUGUGUGUGUGUUUACAAGUGUUUGAACCAGUGCCACAAACGAGGGAAGGACGAUAAAGCCGAGGAAGGAAGGAGGGAUGGUGGACAACUCGAGCAGCAGUAAGGCACAAAUGCCCAGCAUGUCUCAGGAACCCGGAGUGGCCUUCCCUCAGAGCAGCUCCUCGGGGGGGAUGAAGCUGGAGGCCGUCAUGGAGCAGCUCCAGCGGCAGCAGCAGGCCCGACUGGAGAUGGAGCGCAAGGAGAGGAAGCUGCGAGAGGCGCACAUCAUGUACGCCCAGCAGGUCGCCGCCCAGCAGGCCAUCCUGGCGGCAGCCCGGGCGUCCGGGGCCAGCUUCAUGGGCAAAACCCUGGGGGUCCCCGGGGUCAUGCUACCCCCGAGAGUCUCCAAUCAAAGCAGCGUGGACUCAGAGCGGGAGGACGACGAAGACCGGGGCCGGGACUCCGGGGACGAGGAUGACGACAACGAGAUGAUGGAGGGCGACGAGGGUAGCGAGGAGGACGAGGGCAGCGCCAGCGGCCUAGAGUUCCUCCGCAAGCAGACCCUCGCCCUACAGCAGAGCGCCUCCCGCAUCCCGCCGCGUCCCUACGGCAGCUACUCGGCAUCCGCCCCCCAGAGAUCUGCGUCCCCGCCCAUCAGGGUGAAGCAGGAGCCCGACGAGGGGCUCUCCCCGGCGGGGCCGCACUCCGCCACCUCGCCAAACGGACAGGCCGAAUGGGGCUUUGACGAUCACUUCAGACAGAAUGGGAGUGCAGGCUGGGCUGAUGAGGCCGACAGCAACAGAGGAAGAGGAGAGGCCUCCAGAGACUUCGCCAAGCUGUAUGAACUGGAUAAUGACCCCAAGAGGAAGGAGUUUUUGGACGACCUCUUCACCUUCAUGCAGAAAAGAGGAACCCCGGUCAAUCGCAUCCCAAUUAUGGCCAAGCAGGUCCUGGAUCUGUACAUGCUGUACAAGCUGGUGACGGAGAAGGGAGGCCUGGUGGAGGUGAUCAACAAGAAGAUCUGGAGGGAAAUCACAAAGGGACUCAACCUGCCUACCUCCAUCACCAGUGCUGCGUUCACCCUGCGCACACAGUACAUGAAGUACCUGUACCCGUUCGAGUGUGAGAGGAAAGGCCUCAGCUCCCCGGGCGAGCUGCAGGCGGCCAUCGACAGCAACCGCCGUGAGGGCCGCCGUCCGAGCUACAGCAGCAGCCUCUUCCGCUUCUCCCCCUCCCCCAGCACCGCCCCCCACAUCCUCUCACCUCCCAAGAUGCACCUCUCCGCCCUGGGGGCCGGGAUGCUCAACGGCCUGCAGGCGUCCACAGGACACUCUCUGAAGAAAGACGUCUCAGUGCACAGACUGAUUCAACCCUCCCUGUUCCUCUAUCCUCCAGAAGACCUCACCCCCUCCAUGCUGGCGGGCAGACCCUCCAUGGCUCUGGCCCUCGGGCACCAGCAGGUGGCGGGCUUGGCGAGAGCCGCCACGCUGGAGCAGCUGAGGGAGAAGCUGGAGACUGGGGGAGGGGAGGGUCCGGAGAGGAAGAUGGCCCGCAUGGCGGAGGAGCAGCAGCGCCUCAUGCAGCAGGCCUUCCAGCACAACCUGCUGGCCAUGGCCUCCCAGAUGCCCAUGAACCUGCGCCUGGGAAACCCCGCCACCACCACCAGAGAAGAGAAGCAGCAGGACAUGUCUCUGAGUAUCUCGACCAAUGGGAAUGCCAGCAUCACCGUCUCAGUGGAAGUCAAUGGCACAAUCUACUCAGGAACCCUGUUUGCCCAGAAGUCGGGUCUGGCCCCGGGGCCCGCUGCUGCUGCCUCCGCCUCCCCGGCUGGACCCAGCAGCAGCUUCGGCUUCUCCAUCCCCCAGGCCCAGACCCUCAGCCCGGCCUCCUCUUCCUCCUCCAAGGGUCCCAGCUCGGCCGAGCCGGCCCCCAGCGGGUCACCCUAACUCCGGGGGCCGCCUUUUGUACCGGCUCCCCGGGGCCCCCCUCUCUUCCACCUGGAGGCCCUACAAGAAUAUUCAGUACAAUGAGAAACCGCUACGAAAAACAAACUGUUGCACAACAAAUACCUCAUCCACCCUGUCCAGCUCUUGGCUGUCCAAUCAGGAAGCGAGAUUACACACACACCGCUAUGCAUCUUACACAUACACGCACUACACUACAAACACACACACACACACACACACACACACACACACACACACACACACACACACACACACACGCUAAUCGUACAUGCUAAACACAAUCAGCUCAGCCAAAACCCACUGACAGGUGUAGUCACAACUGAACUUGAAAAGUUUUAUCUUAGGAACGUUUUUUUGUUUGUUGCCAUUUUGUCGUCUUUUUUUUGAUUUUGUGUUUUUAGAAUGAUUUUGUUUUCCUCUUUUUACAUACCUCAAAUCAAGUAACCUGCAGUGGUGUCUUUACCUCAGGAGCUGUAGUAUAUUUAACCUGAAUCAACUUUAUUUUUAUAUUGUUUUUGAACCUAGUUGCAAUCAGGGGAAGCCGGGUAAACACCCGCCGCAGGAACCUCGUGUUCGGGGCCGCCGCCUCACCGUGACCUCCUCACUCGGGUCUAAACACACCGCACACUGUUGCUGUGGAUCAGCACCGUAAACACCUCCUCAUUACCUCAGUCAGGAUCCCACGGACUCUCUCGCAGUGGAUCUCUGAAUUCAGUUUACUGCAGGUCUUUACAAACUGUCUUUAUGUAGCGCACACGGGGGUGGGGGGGCAGCAGCUCAUUUCUCCACCUUUCAGUACUUGUGUUGCAGAUCAGGUGUGUUGCCCCCCCCCCCCCUACCUGUGCAUCCUUCCUCUCGACCACAAAUGCUGAAUGUCAAUAGCUCUCUGUACGGAGGGCGUCUCUCUCAGGAAGCUGUUCAUCACACAAAAACAAAAGGGAUUCCCACCUGGAGAACGCACAUCAAGAAUACCUCAUGAGACUCUCUGGAAAGGAGAGCUACACUACAUACCUCAGAACGGCUGCGAGGCCACCAAGACUUGACGCCGACGGCGCUGCUGCUGCUGGUUUCUGGGGACAGACAGAGGUGGGACGGGCUCGCUGUCUCCCCUCCACUUGUAAUACCUUGUUUUUAAUGCUUGCUUUUCUUUUUGUGGUUUCCUUGAGUCUGAGAUGAGUGAUAUAUCCGCAUUUACAUUUUUCAGGGAAAGAGGAAAAGAGUUCCUCGCCGUCGUGGGGGGUCAUAGAGGAAGAACACUCGACCGUUUUCAAACCUUAAAUGGAGCCGCAGUUAAAGGCGUCUGUAGUCUCUGUCACGACAGCGCCUGAUUGAUAUGCAUGUGUACAAUCAUGUGACCAGUGUUUCCAACAGCCUGAUCCUCUGGUUAUUGCACAGCUAGAAACCAAAGACUAGCCAAGGUCGCUCCUCUUCAUCCAUCCCUCCAAAUCCUGCCGGAAGAAAGGCAGUUAAAAAAACAGGCAAUGCAUUUAAUCUGGUUUUGAGUUCUGGAAACAUCUGAAAGUAAACUCCCUUCCCGGCAGAAAGAAAUGAGACUCAAAAUCUGAUGAUGUGUACAGAUAUUUAAGUUUAUAGUCCUUAAUUUAAUCCUUUACAUUUAUUGGCUGUUUUUUAAACACAAAACCAAGCGUGGACCCUUUAUUAACCCCCCUCCACACUCUCCCCCUCAAAUUCUAAGGUGUUUUCUCCCCUUUCGUGCAUUUUAAAAACACCACAAAGGAUGACAAAUGAAUUUUCUAGUUAUCUGUGUUGAAUGUGAGGCAUUUUACCCGUUUAGAAACCUCUUCCGGCCCGGAGCGAUCCGAGGGGGGGCAGCCUUGUUGCUUUUUACUCGACUUUUUGAAUCAUUAGGCGUCCGGGGUGGCAGAUGUUUGCAGUGCAGAUCCCAGUUUGAGGGUUUGAGGAAAUCCUCCCGGUGUUUGGGCUUCAUGAACACCUGGAUGACACAGCUGUAUUUUAUAAGAGGAACUGUAGAUGCUGCCUUAACGGAGUUGCAGGUGAGAUCCGGUCAGUUUUUAACCAAACACAUCUGGCUGGAAAAAAAAGAAGUCUUUCUCUUCAAGCUUAAUCCUUCGGAGAGUUUUUAAUCUUCAAUCAGACGCCAUGCUGUUGGUGAGUUUUGCUAUUUAUUCGUGUUUUUUUUGUCCUGGUGGACCUUUUUGUUUCCAGUAAAAUGCUUCUCAGGCGGCGUUACUGAAACAGGUUGUAGUUUCUACGUCCAGGCUUUCUGUUUCAUCUGCUUUAGUGUGAGCAAUGACCGUUUGAUAGUGUAGCUUCACUGCCUUUGUGUGUGUGUGUGUGUGUGUGUGUGUGUGGUGUGUGUGUGCGUGCGUGCGUGUACGCGUGCGCAAACAGGUAAAGAAUCCCAUUUACUUGUAAUACAGUUGGGGAUCUGCAGGUGGCGCCACUGCCACUUUGAUUAUAUCACAGGAGGAGAUAGAUGCUCAGAAGAGAGGGUUUUAAUAACAUAAUUAUGGGAUGUUUUCUCCUUUUCAUUCAUGCAUUCAGUCCUUGUUUAGCUUUUCAGGGUGGCUCAUUAUCUUCUCCUCACUUAAAGAGCUCUUGCGACCUGAUUUGCUGUGUGUAUGUGUGUGAAUGUGUGUGUGUUUGUCUGAUAGAGACCGCCCCUACCUCGUCAUACCACAAUACCUCAGGGCGGUGGGCUGCAGUCACAUUGGAGCUGCGUUGAGGGCUGACGGACGCUGCGGUCCCCUCGCUGAAUGCAUCGUUGAUUUCAUUUUUCUUUUUGCGUUUUUAGGAUUUGUGUCGUCAGUAACUGUAGACGAGGUCUCGUCACUCAGGAAGCUGUGAAGUUGGAAGUCUGCAGAACCUUUUGUCUCUCAGAUGAUUUUGGAGUUGAUUCAGUUUUAAAUUGUUUUAAAAAACCUAACCUGAUCUGUGUAAAAGCAGGCGCAUAUGCAAGUGGUUAUCGAAUACCUCAUUUAUCGAUUUUAUGUCGUUGUUUUUGGCUUGUACAAUGCUCCGUAUAUUAAUUCAACUGUGGGGUUUGUGCAUAUUUUUGUACUGUUAUUAUUAUUAUGGACAUGGUAAUAAUGAUAUUACUGAUAUUAUAGUUUUCUCUUUGAUUAAAGCAAACAAAAAAAAAUAGGACAAAACGAAUGCUUGUAAAAACUGGUUUGUGCUGAUUGUAUUUAAGAGGAGCACUUUUCCAAAGUGGUUUUCACACAUUCAGUUUUGUUCAUAUUAGUAAUAUAAAGAUAUGGUUCUCAGGGCUUUAAACUUGUAUGUCAUGAUAAAGUUUUACUUUAUAUCUUA